UUACGAUUGGCUAUAUGGCAGUUUGGUCAAAGAUACUAUAUGCGGAUGAAAGCCAUGGAAGUAUUGUCCACCAAAUUUUCUUCUCCGUUUCUCAGCUUCGUCACAUUUCUCCCACCCACGUUCUCCUUAUCUUGACUUUCGUCAAAGGGUAUGCCAUCUCAGGACCACGAUGCUUUUCGCAUAGGCAAUCUCCCUGAGGGCCUGAAUGUCACCGUCUCGGAUGGACCACCGAACGCAUUCAAAAAUAUUAAGCAGAAUGAACUGCAACUUACCCAAGACAUCAGUAAGUUUGGUCUUGCUGGCAAGAUUUGGCAUAGUGCGUACGCUCUAGAUUUAUUUUUUUCAGAAUGGACUCAACCGCAUAUGCAACCAUCCAACCCUAUACCAGAAGAAUAUUACCUCGGACAAGCUUCAAAACCAUACCGUAUAUUAGAAUUGGGCGCUGGAACUGGCUAUGUCGGUAUCGCUCUCGCUCGCAAACUUGGCCCGGAUUGCAAAAUCUAUAUAACCGAUCUCGCAGACGUUGCACCCCUGAUCCAGCAAAAUGUCAAUGAUUAUCAAGAAAGUCUGACAGCGCAAGUAGCUGUACAACCUUUGCAUUGGGGUGAUAUUGAGCAUGGUAACAAAAUUCUCGAAGAGGGAGAACUGGACCUAGUUAUAAUUAGCGACUGCGUCUAUUUCCCAGAGUUAUUCGGUUUGUUGACGGAAACGCUACUGCAAGUGUGUUCCAAGAAUACCCAGGUCGUCAUUGGAUACAAGAGCAGGUCAUUGGAAAAGGAGACUGGCUUUUGGCAGGAUUUUUUUGGUCGCUAUUUCGAAUAUGAACCUGUAAGGAACAUCUCUCCACCGUCCACUGAUUCUGAUAGCGAUGACGAUGAAACUGUAGAAGAAAUAUUCGGCCAGGAAGAGGAUUUGUACGUCUUCAUAGGGAAGAAACGCCCGGCAAACGAGUACAAAAAAGCUGAUGAUACUUUUACAACCCUGCUGUUCUGUACUAUGAAUAUAUAAUAUAUAAUGAAUUUACCAAGUAUAUAUUUGAUUUGCCGCCUACCUUUCUGCAACGCGAACAAUGGGGAGGGGGGUGAAACCGCCAGGAGCCUUGACAAAG